AUGAAAGUCGAAACGGAGCAGCACGACAGCAGCAACGGCGCCGACGCCGCGACGGCCGCUCGUCUCACUGCGGGUGAGUCCGCGUUGUCAGAAAUGAACGCCGCAUUUGCUCGCUGUCUGUCCCUCGUGUGCCCUCCGAUCCAGUACCCGCCGCACUGCCGCUUCAAUCCCGUGCGAGACGCAGCCGACACGGCGGAGAUUGAAACGCGCCUCGAGGAGUUUUUCCUGCACGCGAAGCAACUGGAGCAGCUGUUCCUGAUCGAUUCAGUGCGCAGUUUGUCCUGUACGGGUCUGGAGUCUUCGGCCUCCGACGACGUGCCUGAAGAGCUCGAGCAGUGCGGAGCAAAGGACGGACAGCAGGCGAGCGAGCUCGAGCUCGAGAUAUUGAACCUCGAGGCCGAACUGGCCGAGAAGAACGACCUGAUCGACAAGUACACGGACGUAGUUCGCGGCUGGGAGGGGAAGUUCAAGCGGCUCGAGCACCGCAUGUCGCCUGCGCGCGAGUGA